AUGAACGCACUGUGUCAAAUGCAGCCAUCAUACGACGACAUCGUGGCAGUACUCAAACGUGUGGAGAAUGGCGAGACAGUGGCUGCUGUUGCUCGCAGCUCGCCGUUGAAGUGGACAUCAAUGUUUAAGUACAUAAAGAUGAAACCUGACACUGGUGCAAUCUCAAUUGGACAACGUGGCGUCAAGCAGGUCUUGCCGUAUGACAUGAAACGUGACUUAGUCACAUGGAUUACAGCCAUGCAGCAAGCCGGAUGGCCGGUCGAGCGAUUUGAAAUCAUUAUCAAAGCGAGCCAGAUCCUCACGAACUAUGCCGGUGUCCCACGCAGCCUUAGCCGUGGGUGGUUUGACCACCCACGGCUACGACCACGAGCUCACAACGCGAGUAGCACAAAAGAUCAGUCAUGCUCGAAACUCGGAUGUCUCGGGUUUGUGUGUACCGCCCGAGAUAUCUACAACGUUGACGAAACCAGUUUCAAGACCAAGGGAAACACCAAGAAGGUCGUAGCCAUACGUGGGUCGAAGGACGUGUGGAAAGGCGAACAAUCGGACACCUAUCACAUGACCAUUGUCAUCACAGUGGCGGCGGAUGGCACGGCGGUUCCCCCAGCCUUCAUCUAA